UUUCCUCUCAUUUAUCUUUGACCCCUUGAAUAUAGUCUCGAGUGAAUGUAACACUAAUUCAAGUCAGUUGUUAAAUAAAAAACCCAACUUGCCUUGCACAAGGAUUUGGUCAAUAAACCGCAGCAUUCUGAAAAGUAGUUCUGUCAGUGAAGAUCGGCCUUUAGGAUCUAUGGAAAGUGCCACUAAAAAGGAAAGAAAGACAAUCGAGUCGGUGGAAAUAUUGUCAACUUCAGAGAUACAAUGAAAAGAACUGAGACACACCCCAGACCAACAGCAGGUUGCCUCUCAGUGCCUUUAUUUAACCAGAGGAAACGCAGUAGAUUGCCACUGACAUCAAAUCCCUCCGAAAAUGAAUUCUGCUCUGCGGUUGACUUUAAUGAUCAGAGUGACUUUGCUGAUUCUUCGUUCUCAUCAGGCAACAUGGCAUAUUCACAGAGUCAAGGCCAAAGGCCCCCAGUGUCCUCGGCACCGAGAGGUCCAUGGAACAGGCCAGUCAACCAUCAGCCUCAGCAGCUCAGCAACCAAUCAGCUCGUUUCCCUGGACCAGCUGCGAGGGGUUAUGCACCUCUGCCUCAUCCCAACAAACCUGCCAACACCUGGUCUCAGCAGGGGAUUGCAGGCAGGCAGGAGACUGUGGUGCCCACUAACCAAGGACAGAGUGUCUCCUCCUACGGCCGGGGAAAUGUGCAACCCAGCCAAGGAAACAUGCAGCUCAAACCUACACCUCUUAAUCACCAGCAGCUACCAGUGCAACAGUCACUCCGCAGACAGAACCAUGGCUCUGGGGGUGUAAUGCAGGGUGGGAUCCCAUUUAAUGGCCCACGUGCCCCCCCUGCAACUGAACCUCAGAAACAAACAACACAAUGGAAGUUCAAAUCAUCAUCCCUGCAUGGGCAGUCAAAAAAUUACAACACAGACUUCAAAGCCAUACAGCCAACCCCACAGCAUCAGAAGGCUCCAAUAUUGCAGGUGAAAGCCGCAAACGAGAAGUCUCUCCGUAUACUAACUGUUGUCAUCGAGGGCAUGAGACACUGGUGUCAAUUCAAGAACAAAACCCCUAUGAUAUUUGAGAUUUUUGCAAGUCUAGACUCAGCAGUCACAGAUGGAAAGUACGGUGCAAAGCAUUUUCUCAUGCGGACUGGUAGAGAUGUCGUGUCAUGCGUUUACUAUGAAAAUGACCAAGCACUUCCAAAACUUUUCAGAGGUUUGGUGCACAGAUGCAUGGGGAAUUAUGACCCGCAGAGCGACAUGUUCACCUGUGUGUCAGUGAGGUUGGCCUCCCGCUAUGAGCAGAAGAAUUCCCAGGAGGCUAUUAGGGCAUCUGAUGCUGAAAUGAGGCAGCUGGUCCAGUCUCUCAGUGAAAUAUGACUCGCAGCAGCCACAGAUUGACUGUGCGACUCUACACACACACAUAUGUGCCUCCACAGAAACACACGACAUGCAUUUUGUGGGUCCAAAUUUCGACUUUCAGAGACCACUUGGUUUGUGCCUCAUAUUACACAAUGUUCAAUGUGAAAUUCGGUCUUUAUUUCUUCUGGAAAAAAUGAGGUGAACCUUAGUGUAAUUUUGUUGCUCCUACAGUAACGACAUUUAUAAAAAACAAACAAACAUCAAAUUAUUUUAAAGAAGAACUGUGUAUAUAUAGCAUCUUUAAGCAUUCAAAUAAAUAUGUUGAAUCAAAGUGUUUCAUUAAAUUUGGUUUCUGAUAUAGUUUCUUAAAUUGCUUUAAACAGUUAUUAUCAAAGAUUAUCUUGUGGAUCACAAAAUUGUUAUGGAAACUACAGGGAAAAAUUUGAUUGUUCAAUUACGAAACAUUUUAUUACAAAGAAAUUCCACUGAACAGCUAAUAUUGUUAACAGGUUAGUCCAAAGGUAAAACAAACACAUUUAGGAGGUAAUAUCGCAAAAUAUAUCUUUCAGAAGGGACCUUAGGAUGAACAGUGAACGCACAUAAUAUUUACAACCAAACCAUCACGAUGUAAAGUUCUAUUCCUCUACUCUACAAAAAAUACACGUCACCAGUGCUGAGACAAAUAAUAUUUCUUUCAAAAGAAAUGGCUUGGUCAUUCUCAGAACCAACAGUAAGUGAAGUACAUUGAUCUUUGUAGGGGUGGGUCUUUAAUCAUUUAAAUAUGGUUAUGUGAGUUUUUAUAAUCUUUUAAAAUUAUUUUAUGGUUUUGGCUUUUUUGUGGCCACCACAUGACGCACAUAAACUCAUAAAAAUCAUAAAACACCUUGUGCAUCUACAAAUGCAAUUUUACAAAUGAACUCACAGUAUGUUCCUGGAAGUAAGUCAUGUAUGGAGAAAAAAUAUGCUUAACCCAAAGGACAUCAGUCAUCAUGUAGCUAUGCUUAACACAUCUCCUUAAUUAAGGAAAUUCCUUAAUUCCUUAACUCAGCAUUGAUAACCAUGAGCCAAAUUUUAUUAUGUUUUUCCAUGCAACUUCUAAGGCUUCUUAAAUUUAUCAUGCCAGGAAUUAAUAAAUUAAGGACAUGUUGUUACCUAUUAUGAGGUGGUUAAGUUGACUCACUGUACCUCCGUAAGGUAAUUAAUUAAUGAUUAAUCCAAUCAUUAUAAUUAAACAUAAAGUAGAACUUUGCCACCUCCACCCCAUUCUCCCGGCUCUCAAGGUCUUUCCUCUUGUUGAACCUAUAGCAUGUAAAGAUUUGUUUCCACUCACUUUACAGCUCAACACUGGCAAAUUCAUCCCAUUUAUAGCUCAACGAGAAACAACAUAUAAAUACACUGAAAUUUUAAAUACAUCUAGGGGAGGAAAAAACAGAAAGGACUUACAAAUCACAGUUUCAGUAGAAGCACAUAGCAACCUGAUAAAGGUAUUGUUUCUUGUCUUGGUUAUGGUUAAAAAGGCACACGUUGGUCAGAGAGGGUUUUUCUAAAAUGUGUCUUGAUGUUUACUAACCACAAGUCGGUCUACUGUUAUUGUCAAUGCAGGCUCUCUUUUCUUAUUUGCCUUCCAUCUGAUCAAUUGUCAUUCUGGAUUAAAGAGAAACACAAAGAGUGUCCCAAAAACACUGGAAUGAUUUACAAAAUGCACACUUCAAGACAGAGAAAGGGAGGGCUGACGAGACAUUAAAUGCAUUAUACAUGGCCUACUUGAACACUGUCCUCUGCGCAGUCUUUUCUCACUCGUGUUUCUCCUCUGUUGUAGUAGUACUUUUUGAGACGUUAGUCCUGUCAGCACAGGGCAGACUUGCAUGACUGUACACUGGGGUGGCCACAUUUAAGAAUGCAUAGGAUGAGAAAUAAAAUGCUUGAUCAGUUUGUUAAAUGGAAAUGAAAUAGUUACUUAGCACGUUGCUGUUGACAUGUCAGAAGCCUCCAUCAGUCACAGUGUUGACAGACACUGGAUCGGUACUGCACUGCGACUUCACACACAAUACACACCCAUGAACACUACACACUUCACUCGAGACCGCUCAAUGGUAGAGCCUAUUAUAUGGUUCUGAGCCCUACUUCUUAACGUUUUGCGUCUUCAGCAUAGUCUCCUUCUCAAACUAUCUGCAG